AUGAGCUGUUGGCGGAGAGAAGAGCCGCGAGAAGCAGCGGCAAUGGCGGUAGUGGCAUCGACAGCAGCAACAGCAGCAGCAGCAGCAGCAGCAGCAGCAGCAGCAGCAGCAGCAGCAGCAGCAGCAGCAGCAGCAGCAGCAGCAGCAGCAGCAGCAGCAGCAGCAGCAGCAGCAGCAGCAGCAGCAGCAGCAGCAGCAGCAGCAGCAGCAGCAGCAGCAGCAGCAGCAGCAGCAGCAGCAGCAGCAGCAGCAGCAGCAGCAGCAGCAGCAGCAGCAGCAGCAGCAGCAGCAGCAGCAGCAGCAGCAGCAGCAGCAGCAGCAGCAGCAGCAGCAGCAGCAGCAGCAGCAGCAGCAGCAGCAGCAGCAGCAGCAGCAGCAGCAGCAGCAGCAGCAGCAGCAGCAGCAGCAGCAGCAGCGGCGGCGGCAGCGGCGGCGGCGGCAGCAGCAGGCGGCACAGCAGAAGCAGACAUAAUAGUAACCCAGGCUUUAACUUUCACCGAUGCCAACCUGCCUCCGGACCACUCGAUCAACAUCACAGAUAUCAAGAGAAUCGGGGAUUUGAUCUUCCCGUCGGCCGAUAUUAUUGCGAUGGGGGAUCUGGGCUCGUCGCUGUUUGAUGAGACUUUUCACAGGCAGAUUGACGUGCCGUUUUUUUGCCGCCCGGGCUGCCCGAAUAAACUGGCGAUUCAGCCCCACCCGGCGAUCUUCGAAGCUGCCAGCCGGUUUGUAACGGAUGUGCUUCUAAAGGGGAUGAACAGCAGCGCAGAGAGCAGCAGGGAAGGGGAGGAGCAGGGCAGCAAUACAGCGCCUGAGAACACUCUACCAUCAGCACUUGCUGCUGCUAGUGGGGGUAGCACUAAUACUAAUACCAGUAGUACCAGCGGUAGCAGCGGUGAGAAUGCGCGGAGUUAUCAUCGUCGCUACAUGGCGAUUCACUGGCGACGAAAGGACCUGGUUACCAGCUUCCAGGACUCAGGCUCCCAUCUCACCAUCAACCGCACUGCCAGAUGCAUUGCCGACCGCAUGGCGAAAUCCGGCAACCUCAGCACCGUUUUCCUAGCCACUGACGCCGAACCUGCUGAGGUGGCGGAGUUAACCGGAGCUGUUCUGUCCCACUGGCCGGACCUGCGGCUGAUGCAGCUUCCGCCGAACCUGGACGCGCAGGCUUGGGCGCAGGUGCUGGUGCCGUACCGGUUUGAGCAUGCGGGGGUGGUGCGGGUGACUUUAGACAAGGCGGUUUGUGCGCUGGCGGAUGUGUUUCUUGGGACGGCUGCGUCGUCUUUUACCGAGGACAUUCAGCGAAUCCGGACAGGGUUGAGAGUGGCCACAUGUGAAGACCAGAUGUUGUGCGAAGAUGAGCUAUAG